GGUCACGGGACAUGCGUACUCAGUACAAACCGUGCCAAGAUGGCGGUGUGUGGUGCUUUGGUGCGAUCGGGUCGUCUUUCCCGGCCGAUAUCUGGCCGCAACUCCGCUUUUAUAGACAGUCGUUUUGCUGUGGUGAAGAGGCUGGCUUCAGCGCUAUCAUAUGUACCAGAGACAGCCCCCAGCGACUUCGGUGAGACGACAAAGAUGAAUCUGUUCCAGUCCAUCAACAGCGCCAUGGACGUCGCUCUGGCCAACGACCCCACCGCAGUCAUCUUUGGAGAGGAUGUAGCUUUUGGCGGGGUCUUCAGAUGUACUAUAGGACUGGCAGACAAGUAUGGCAAGGACAGAGUGUUCAACACGCCUCUGUGUGAGCAGGGCAUUGCUGGGUUUGGGAUCGGCAUGGCAGUUAUGGGUGCUACAGCCAUCGCUGAGAUACAGUUCGCAGACUAUAUCUUCCCUGCCUUUGAUCAGAUUGUGAACGAGGCGGCAAAGUAUCGUUACCGAUCCGGGAACCUGUUUGACUGUGGCAGGCUGACGAUGCGGGCGCCGUGUGGCGCGGUCGGACACGGAGCGCUCUACCACUCUCAGAGCCCGGAGGCCUUCUUCGCUCAUGUGCCUGGCAUAAAGGUUGUGAUCCCUCGUGGCCCCAUCCAAGCCAAGGGUCUGCUGCUGGCCUGUAUCAAGGAUGACAACCCCUGCAUCUUCCUGGAACCCAAGAUCCUGUACCGGGCCGCAGUUGAGCAUGUUCCUGUCGGGGACUUCAGCUUGCCGCUGUCCUCAGCGGAGGUGGUGGUUGAGGGGAAGGACGUUACCAUGGUAGCGUGGGGGACGCAGGUGCAGGUGCUGCGGGAGGUGUGCAACAUGGCGCAGGAGAAGCUGGGCGUGUCCUGCGAGCUCAUCGACCUCAGGACCAUCAUGCCCUGGGACUCCGAAACUGUCAUCAAGUCUGUGAAUAAAACAGGCAGGCUCCUGGUGGCGCAUGAGGCACCUCUUACUGGGGGCUUCGCUGCUGAGGUAGCCUCUACUGUACAGAGCGAGUGUUUCCUACACCUGGAGGCGCCAGUAGAGCGGGUCUGCGGGUACGACACGCCGUUCCCACACAUCUUCGAACCCUUCUACAUGCCGGACAAGUGGCGGUGCUUCGAGGCCGUCAAAAAACUCAUCAACUAUUAACAUAAAGUGUGCAUCCAUGUCUUGAGGCUGCAUCUUGGGGUAUCUUGAGAUGGUGACCUGAUGAUGUGAAGGAGGAGAAAGCAUCCAUCGUACACCAGAUGCAGUAGGACCACCGUCUUUAUUGUGAAAAUCCACACCAAUUUAUUUUCUUGGGUCUCAGAAGUUUUAAGUAAAAUUUACUAUCGGGUCAACAAGACAAAAACAGAAAAUUUGAAUUCACCUGAAAUUGAAGAGUGUCCAAUUACAUGUAAGGGGGUACAAAAUGUAUCUCUCUCGACUGUUGCACAUUAGUCAAUGCUGCAUUCUUAACUGAAUUUGUGUUUUUCUAUCAAUGAAAUUCAUUGAGCGCUCUGUCAAUUCGCUUGGCCAUUGAACCAUUGAAUUAAAUUGGCGUGGCUUGUUUUAUGUUGAAGUUGAAUGUUGACUUCUCGUUCCUAAUUCAGACUUUAUCACUGUUUGACAUCUGCCAGUUUUGAAAUGCCUGUAAGGCUGUAUACUUGUCUGUAUGGGAAGGGGUAAAAUAUGAAAAUACAUGUAUAGUCUUAUCUAUUAAAAAUAGUUACUGUCCUAAGGCCCCCUUUCUACUUGACAGCGAUCUCACAGCAGCCAAAGUUAUAUUUGAGUGAUCCUUUAUUUAAUGAUUGGAAUAUUAUGUAAAAGUAUGAUUUACAAGAAAACAAAGCAAUGAAAAGUUUUAAAAUUUUGUUCUGUAUGAAAUUUGUUGAGCAUCUCCCAAAAAUUUUAUCACUCAGUAGCAGCAUGGUCGCAGUCUCAAGUUGAAGGGGGGAAUUAGCAUGACUCCUAACAUUUUGUUGCUGUUGUCUGUAACAUAAGCAAUAGGCUUUCUUUGCAUUGAGAAAGUUUGCCUUUCGGGUUAUUUAAAUGUUUUGGUUGUGAGUAGGAGACAUACACUGUACAAUGUGUAUCAUUAGUAUUUGUCUUAAUUUUUGGUGUAUUAGCCGAUUCACUGUUCAAAUUACAGGUAGGUAAUAUCAAACAGUCAGAAGGUGUAGAACUUAGAAUACUGAACAAUUUGGGCCAGAUAGUGUCUUAGAUAAGUUGGAUUUCAUGCGGCAAUAUGAAAAAUGUGUAACAUCCGAUCUUUUUAUUGGAGAAAUUUGAGACGGUCAAAAGAUAGUACCUAGAAUAAUUGUUGGUACAGAAAAAAAUCCUUCUGUAGACAUUACAGUGUUACACCACACAGUAUUUCAAUCAUGUCUUGCUGUAAAUCAUGUACAAACUAAAGGAACUGAUGAAACAUAGCAUAGUGUGAAUUAAGAACAAAUUUUAGUUUUACAUGGAAAACUUGAUAGAAUAAAAGUCUAUUUGAUGGUGAAAUCUCA